AUGGCAGGAGCUGAGGGCGAGUAUAAGACCAUGACCGUCUUCCCGCGCAACAGCCUCAUGAACACCGUGAAGCUGCUCACCUUCUACCGCAAGGGACCCUUCGACCUGAAGUUAGAGUACGAGGACACCUCGAUGCUUGUUCCCGGCUGCGGCAAGCUUCUGGGCAACUUCAAGAUCGAUCUGCCUCCGGCCGGAGAGACCAAGAAGAUCAAAGUCAAGGUGAAGCUCACGCUCAACGGCACCUACUGCAUCGAAAGUGCGCAGAUGCUGGAAGAGGAGGAGUACGAG